GGCAGUCCCACUGUUGUGGGUAGAUCCUAAUUUGACUGGGCUUUCAUUUGCUGUGACUUUAACCUUUCUUGAGUGGGGAGAUGACCAAGGCUGGUGACCUGCUCCCUCCUGAGAAUCCUUCCUCAGAAUGCAAAUAUUGAGCACCUGGUUUAAACCACCUGGCUAUGCUUCCAAACUGGAGAAGCAUGGGCCAAAUCCAGGGGAACCCACAUGUGGUUCACUUUGUGGCUGAGACAGAAGUGUUGCUCACAGCAGAGGGGAAACAACAGCCUGUCUCCUGCUCCGAGGCUGACAGCUGAUCAGCUGAGAGGCAGAGGAAAGUGGGGGAAGUCACAUUUCCCCAUGAUAGAAAAUACUUUCCACUCAGCCAAGUGGGGCUGGCUGAGGUAUACUGGGAAUUACAGAACUUUCUACCAUCAAAGCACACAUAUGAUUGCCACCCAGCAGGCAAGUUUAUUUGAAAAUAUGCAGAACAUCAGAUGCACUGCACUGCCCAGGGCUUCUUGUGGCAGCCAUAUUGAAAUAGCAGGGCUUAAAAAAUGUUUUAGAUAAUGCCUCAUUCUAUUCAAAUCUUGCAUCACUUUCUUCAUAUGGUAUUUCUGUUAAGCAGGAGCCUUAACUAUCAUGAGUCUAAUAUUCCCUCUGCCGCCAUUCCUUUUUUCUCCCCAGGACAACCAUUUGACCCCCAUUUGCAGAUUAAGAAUGCAGUUUCAAAUAUCAUCUGCUCCAUCACUUUUGGAGACCGUUUUGAUUAUUCUGAUAGUAAAUUCCACAAGCUAUUGCACUUGACUGAUAAAAUCUCAGAGCUUCAAGGAAAUACUUGGAUUAAGACAGUCCCCCUUUCCUCCUGUGUCCAGUACCCUCCUGCAGAAAAGCUUAGGUGACACUGAGCAUGCAUGGCUUGAGCUGUACCAAGCCUUUCCAACCAUCAUGAAAUACUUCCCAGGACCUCAUCACACUAUUUUUAAAAACUGGGGACUUUUCAAAUCCUUUGUGAGAGAAAUAAUUGACAAACACAAAGAAGACUGGAACCCACAUGAAACAAGAGAUUUCAUUGAUGCUUAUUUGAAUGAAAUGGCUAAGGAAGACGCUGCUCCCAGUUUCCAUGAGGAAAACCUGCUACACUGUGCACUGGAUCUGUUUUCUGCGGGAACAGAAACAACUUCCGCAACUCUCCGCUGGGCUCUGCUGUACAUGGCCCUUCAUCCAGACAUUCAAGCAAAAGUCCAAGCAGAAAUUGAUUCUGUGAUUGGCCAGUCACGUCAGCCAGCAACAGAGGACCGCGAUCGCAUGCCCUAUACCAAUGCAGUCAUUCACGAAGUCCAAAGGAUAAGCAACAUUCUGCCUCUAAAUGUACCCCGAAUGACCACGAGGGACACAAACGUGGCUGGGUUUUGCCUGCCCAAAGGAAGUAUGUUGAUCACCAACCUGACCUCUGUGCUGCUUGACAAGGAUGAAUGGGAAACCCCUGAUGUGUUCAAUCCUGGCCAUUUCCUUGAGAACGGCCACUUCAGGAAAAGGGAAGCGUUCAUCCCGUUCUCUGCAGGGAAGCGAGCGUGUCUCGGAGAGCAGCUGGCCAGGACAGAGCUUUUCCUUUUCUUCACCGCUCUAAUCCAGAAGUUCACUUUCCAGCCUCCGGAGGAUGUGACAUUAAGCCUCGACUGCCGGAUGGGUAUUUCAAUGGCUCCUCAACCAUACUGGAUACAUGCAUUCUCUCGCUGAGGGAAGCCACAUUAUCCUUGGCCAGCUGUCAAUAUUUCUUCCCCCUCUGUUCUUAGGGGCCAUUGUGGAACCAAUGGCAGGCACAGUCCCUUGUUAUGCAAUGCCUGGAUGAGGAAUUGUUGUGCAUUUUUAUUUUCAUAGGACUGUGGAGUUGGAGAAGAGUCCAAACUUCUCUAGGACAUAUUCAGUCUCUGUCAUCCUUCAGGAGGAAAUGGAGCAAUACAAAAUUGUUGCGGAAAACUAAUUUGAAGCCGGUAAAAGGCCAAAUUUUUUGGGUCCUUCAGAAUGGAGAUAUGGAAUACUGAGAUACUAAUGCAGGAGAGUUCUGUCUUCCAGCACCAAGCUCAGUUCAACACAAUCUCAGUCCUGCUCAAGUUAGUCAAGACCAAGCCCUGUUACAGCUAGUCAGUGAGUGCUUUUGCAUUUUCCAUUGCUAUCAAUAAUAUUUAGGACUAUCUGGACCUGGAUUAGGGCAAUGAUGUUGAUUUCCCAGUACUAAUAGAAGUACUGCUCAGGUUUUUUGAGUUCCACCUUUAUAAGCCUCAAUCUCAUCUGUGCAUCAGAAAUAACACCUGUUGAGCUAAUAAUGUAUACGUGGCAUCUAUGACCUGCCUCUAACUGUACAACUAUAAAACGACUCUGCUGAUUCUGCUUAAAUUCUCCUUGGUACAGCAAGUUGCAAAGUGCUGCUAAUUGACAGACUGGUCCUUUUUCUCUGAAAUGUGGCUCAGCAAAUCUUCUAUUUCCUGCAAAGUCUGGUGAUCCCUCUCAAUAUACCUUAUUCUGGCUCGUUCAGCUGAUGUGCCUUUUAUCGGUUUGGUGGAAUCCUGAGCAGCCCUGGAAACAUUACAGAGGGCUCCCUGCCCAAUGGAAGCUGUAGCAGCAGGUGUGAUGCUGCCUGUGCUUGAAGGAAUUCUAUCACAGAGCUUUCUGUAUGUGCCUUCCUGUCCCUUCAGUUAUGGAACGUUAUCCUCAGCACACUUGCACAUUAUUCACAGACUGCAAUUCAAGGGACCCAUCAGGAAAGAAGUCCCCCUGUGACCUUUGGUGCAAAGCACAAUACUGUUUGGGAGGCUGCUCUGACAUGCUAGUGGGUGUUGCUUUCCCAGCAGGUACAUAAAAGGUGGCAGCAAGCAGGCUCACCUGCCACCUUACCUCAUGACUGCCAGCUCAGUUUCUAGAAAACUCCCAGAAAAUUCUGCUCACACUUACCAGGAAUAUGGACUCUGGACUGCUGCAAUUUGGACCAGAGUCUGGGAUGCUGAAAAAAAGGAAUCAGUUUCACUGAUUUUUAAAAGGGAUCAAAAAUAGUGUCUGUUGGCAAUAUGAGCAAACUGGGUGUGUGGGAAAUUAUUGAUUUUGAGUACAACAGAGUGGCUUAAUUGGUUCUAUUUCUAUUAAUUUGUAGGUCAUUAUCUGGUGCUCACAGGGGCUUAAGCAUAACAUUGGAUGAGACAAGCAGACAAAAGAUAACCUAUGCAUAUUUGCUGUUGUGAAGUGACACCAAGGAGGGGUUAAGCUGAAGCAAAGAAGUAGUUGCAAGAAGUGGGGCCAGUCAUCCCUUCUUUUCAUCAGAGCUACCAGACAGAUGGUUCCAUCCCCACCAAGAACACUUUCUUCCACAAAUAUUUGCAGGAAGCUACAGCAGUUAAUAUGGCAUGAGCCUCAAAUUGUUCUGUAGUGUUCAGAUUUUUAUGGAAGACAUAUUGAGAAAAGACAUGAUAUUAAGAAGAGACAAAACGAAGUGACCUGAGGACCAGGUUUCUAGGCUGCUAAUUGUACUUCAGUCCAGUAAGGAUUUUUAAAAAUCAAUGUGCAAAUUUAAAACAGAUUAAACAACUAAAACAAUUGCAAUACAA